AUGCAGGAUCCGCCCCGCGACGAAGGGGCGGUGAAUGCUCAAGUCGGGGCCCUCGAUGUCCCGGCCAUCAAGGCGGUCAGGACUGUCGAGGUCCCGGCCAUCGAGGCGGAGAAGGCCCAAGCCGAGCCCUUGGAAGGGAUCAGGCCCUCGCUAGCGAGGGGGAAGCCCAAGGAGAAUGAGUCACUUGGCAGCCACAUGGUCGAGUGCGCCAAGCUGACCCAUGAAUGGGUCGAGGCUCUUGUAGAUAUGUCCGAGCAGGCCGCCCAGGAGCUGGCCAGGGGAAGCGCCGCCCUUGGCCGGGUGGCGGAGCUCGAGGCCAAGGUGGCCGAGCUGGAGGUGAGGAGCCGCCGUCUGGAGGCCGACAAGGUCAAGGCCGAGGAUGCUCUGCGCAAGGAGAAGCGCGAGCUGGAGGCCUGCACCAAGGCCAACGAGGAGCUACAGAAGCUCCGGGAGGCGGCCGAAGCGCGGGAGGCUAGCACUGAGGAGAAGCUUCGCCUGGAGCGGGAGGCUCGGAAAAAGCGGGGGAGGAAGUGGCGCAGGGCCGGGCGACGCUGGAUCGCCUAA